AUGGUUGAAGGUGGCGAGAACGACAGUUUCGACACAUCCAUCAUUCAUGCCGAUGAGGAGCCUGAUAUUAUUCUCUCCAGCGGGCCAUCGCAAAUGUCGUCUGGCGGCCAGAUGAGUAUCGGGUCGCAAGAUAGCAUUCAAGACUUUUUCACCAAAGCCGACGAAGAGCGCGUUAUCCUACGCUCUCCCUUUCAGCCAACCGUCCCCGCCGCUAGGCAGACGCCUCGGCGAGACAACUCCCAUCGCUCGCCGGAUCCCGAGUUUUUCAUGCCGACCGUAGAAGUGGCAGGUUCACGGCGCAGCAGUGGCCGCUCUUCGCGCACCAUCCGGCCCGUCGGCAGGGACGACGACCAGCAGGGCGGCUACGAGUUGCGCCGGAGGAUUGGGCAGCGCCAUGCGUCCGAGGUCGACGGCGGAAGCCCCAUCAGCAGAAGGGCGAACAAGGGCCGCGUGUAUUACGACAGCGAAGACGACGGCGAAAGCAGACGAGGCCUGAAAGACGGCCUCGCGUCUUCUCUCCCGGGCGCCUUGCUCAACGUGCUGGGCUGGUUGGUUGGCGUCGUGGGGAUGGCCUUCCGCUUCGCCCAACGACCCCUCGCCCUCCUCCUCUCCAUCUACUUCUUCUUUGGCGGCCUCAUCAUCGUGCAGAACAUGGUCACCCAGUCUCUGUUCGUCUCCCUAUCGCCCAUCUGCCGUAUCCCCGGCGUCUCCUACUUGGACCUCGCCUUCUGCCCCCGGCCGUCCGACCCACCCAUCGUCCCCGAGUCAGGCCAAGCCGCGGGCCGCCAGGUCGAGUUCGACGAGCUCAUGGGCGUCCAGUCGCAGUUUGAGCAGGUCCUCGAGCGCAGCGCGAGCGGCGUCUCCCUUCCUCUGGAGAUGAAGCGCUCCGAAUCGUCCAUUCGCGACUUGCGCACCAUGGUGCGCUACAGCGAGCUCACCGCCCGCGACGAGCUCCGAGCUGCAAAGUUCAACACCCACGUCGGCUCCGCCGUCGACUCCGUCAUCAGCAUCAACAAGUGGACCGCCCGCUACCUCGAUGGCUUCGCCGACGGCGAUCCCAAGCAGGAUCUCCGCGACGCCGGCGCCGGCGGCGCCCUCCUCGCCGACUGGGCCUCGUGGGUCUUUUAUCCCUUCCAGCCCGCCACCCCCAUCACGUUUGACGAGCGCGCCCUGAUCGACAAGUACAUCGAGCACACGUCCCUCGUGUCCGACCGCAUCUCCGCCCUCAUCCUCGAGGCCCAGGCCGUCCUCCGCCACCUCACCAAGGCCGAGGACCACCUGUCCCUCAUUUACGAAAUCGUCACCCGCUCCUCCCAGUCGGUCGAGUCCCGCCGCGACCAGAUCCUCUGGACCCUCUGGACCCUCGUCGGCGCCAACUCCCGCCGUCUCCAGGGCCUCAACGCCCAGCUCUCCCUCCUCCGCCAGGUCGACACCCAGCGAUCCGCCGCCGUCGCCCAGGUCUCCGGCCUCAUCGUAGACCUCGAGCGUAUAGAGGCCGGCCUCGGCGACCUGCGCGAUCGUGUCGCCGAACCCGGCAUCGCUAGGCGCGCGGGGAGCCCCGGUGGCGCGCCCGGAAGCCCUCGGAUCCAUGUUCCCCUCUCCGUCCAUAUCGAGACAAUCGACCGCGGCGUGGAGAGGCUCGAGGCCGCAAGGAACAGGAUUAGGGCCGCGGAGAAUGACAAGAUUAGGGAAGCCCUCGCGAGGAGGCGUCAAGGAGGAUAG